CAGUUGGCUUUAUCAUAACCCCACUUGUCACCAAACACCAUGCCACUCCAUUCCAUUCGUAGCGGCUGUGGAUACAGAAAUUUUAGCUCAUCCUCAGCCUGUUUACCCAAGAAUGUGUGCAGAUACAGCGUCAGCUCUGUCUCUUCAAGAAGAGGGGGCAGUUGUGGUGCUCAACUGUUACCAAAUUUCAGCAGCAGAAGUGCCUGCAAUGUCGGUGUUGGAGGAGCUCAAAGGAUGUCAUUUGGAAGUUGUCAAGCUGGAAUGAGUGGAUGUGGAUAUGGUGGAUCCAGUUCUGGCUGUGGUUUUGGGUCUGGUAUUGGAUUGGGUGCUGGAUUAAGCCUUGGCGGUCGUGGCUUUGGACCUUGCGGAGCAUUUCCUCAAGGAUGCAUUACACCAGUAACUGUAAACAAAAGCCUUCUAGCACCGAUCAAAUUAGAUGUUGACCCAGCCAUCCAGAGACUUAAAAAAGAAGAGAAAGAACAAAUCAAGACUCUAAAUAACAAAUUUGCAUCAUUUAUUGACAAGGUACGAUUUUUGGAGCAACAGAAUAAGGUGCUUGAGACGAAGUGGUGUUUUCUGCAAGAGCAAAAAACAGCCAAAUUUAAUUUUGAGCCGCUAUUUGAAGCAUAUUUGUGCAACCUCCGAAGACAGCUCGAUUUCUUAGAAUGUGAGAAAGCUCGACUAGAAGGAGAAAGGAAAACUAUGGAGGAUUUAGUAGAUGAAUUCAAGAGAAAAUACGAAGAGGAAAUCCAUAAGCGGACAGCUGCUGAAAAUGAAUUUGUAGCACUUAAAAAGGACGUUGAUGCUGCUUUUCUCAAGAAAACUGAAUUACAGUCAAAGGUGGACUGUUUGAGUGAUGAAAUUGCCUUCUUGCGGUCUAUAUAUGAAAUGGAAAUAUGCCAGCUGCAGUCUCAGAUCUCAGAUACUUCAGUGACUGUGACCAUGGAUAACAACCGAGAUCUGAAUCUGGAUGGAAUCAUUGCUGACGUUAAAGCUGAGUAUGAAGACAUUGCUAGGAAGAGCAGAGCUGAAGCUGAGUGCUGGUAUCAAUCAAAAUACGAAGAGUUAAAGGUAGCUGCAGGCAAACGUGGAGAAGAUUUAAGAUGCACCAAAAAUGAAAUUGCUGAUUUGAACCGACUCAUUAAUAGAUUGAAGGGGGAGAUCGAUAAUGCCAGAGCACAGCGUACCAAACUUGAAGCUGCAAUUUCAGAAGCAGGGGAUCGUGGGGAAAUGGCUGUCAAUGAUGCAAAGAUAACUUUCAUUUCUUUAUUUAUUUCAUUAAAGAAAACUGCUAUAACUGAGGCAGAAGAACGCGGAGAAGCCGCUGUCAAAGAUGCCAGGAACAAACUUUGUGAAUUGGAGGAUGCCCUGCAGAAAGCCAAGCAGAACAUGGCUUGCCAACUCCGAGAAUACCAGGAGCUGAUGAAUGUGAAACUGGCUCUGGAUGUUGAGAUCGCCACCUACAGGAAACUACUGGAAGGAGAGGAGUGCAGGUUUGCACAAAGCUCGCUGGAGAAGGAUCAGAUUCGGUUAAGAUCUUGCAAUAUUGUUACGUUAGAACAAAUGUACCACAAAAAGGAACAUGUAUGA